UUUGACAGUUAGUUACUCAACGCCAGGAGUAAAACGUAAAAUAGAUAAUGAAUUCCGAGUGCAAUUUAAAUUUGAAAUCGCUCCAAAGUAAUUCUCCCCGAUCUGGAAUGCCUCAACUAAGUGCAAAACUACAAGGAGAGCAAAUCCUACAAAACGCGCUGUUAUUAACCGAAAUGGGUAUGGACCUUAAGGAACAGACCAUGUCCGGCCAAAAGUACGUCUCCUGUUUGAGAAGCAUGACGCUGCGUGCAGCGAAAAUAAUGAGCGUCUUGCAGUCCUCUUCGAAGACGUUUCUAUCCCUCGCCCAAAAGGUACUACAGUCGGGGCUCGAAUCCACUCCGUGCCACGAUCAAACGUACCUAACGGUCAAGUCAGACUACGAAAAGUUAUUAAACAUCAUCGAGAAAGAAUUGGGAGAAAUCGACGAGAUCGACAAUGUAAAUUCUCCGACUUCGCCUUGCGGAACGGGAAGUACAGUCGCCGAAAGACUCAAGUGCCUGGAGGAGAAACAAAAAUCAUCAUCGGACAAUUGCUUGUUGCCGUUGUCAAACAGUGCUCGAAGCGUCAAAUCGGAUGUCGACGAGAAGUAUCCGGAGAAUUUGUCGAGGGAGUCCCUCAUCGAUUUGAAUAACGUAGUCAAUCUGCCGACUGUACCGGAGGAUAUGUUUACUGGGUUUACGAAUAAGCCGACGAGAACGUCUAGCUUAUCGUCACUUAAGAGCAUGAGAAAAGUGAAGCUUUUUCUGCAAAGAGCUUCCAGUGCAUCGGACGAAGAUGACGAGAGUUCGGAAGCGGACGAGCAUGAUUAUAACAAACCUACUGCUGGCGAUUAUGAAGAAGGGAAAGGAGUAACUUACAUGUCUCCGAAAAAGAUACACCUAGGUAACAUAACAGAAGAAGCCCAACAAGACUAAUUUUUUAUUCUUCUUACAAAAGUACAAUAAACUGUAAAAAACAUACAAAUGUCAAUAGUUUGAUAAGCAAUCAUAUAAA